AUUCAAAAAUUAAAUAUUAUACGAAGUAGUUUGGUUCUGUUAAUAUUAAUUAAUUAAGAAUUAAAAUCUAUCAAAAAAGAGAGAAGUUACUCAUUUCAAUGUUACGUGGCACUAACAAACGUUUGUUUAAAAGCAGUUCAUUGCGUCGGAAACAAUUUCUCUGGUGCUUUAUAUUUUUUCUUCUUUUAAUUGGGAUUGUUAACGUGUCAAUAAAAUAUGAAAACCUUAAGAAUGAGUUGCAUCAAGAAAAUGUUUCAUUAGAACUCGAUGAUGGAAUCACUGACGAAGCUAGAAAAUAUAUUGAAGAACUGGGCUUGAUAAAUCCUGGGGAAAAUGGUGAAGCAGUAAUUAUUCCAGAAACUGCAUCUGAUGAAAUCAAAAAGCUUGUCAACGAGAGUUUCGAGGCAAACGGCUUCACUGCUUUUAUUUCAAACAUGGUGAGCCUCAAUCGAAACAUUCCAGAUUUUAGGAGUGAUAUAUGCAAGAAUAAAGUUUACCACAAAAAUCUCCCCAAGUGUUCUAUAAUGAUUCCAUUUCACAAUGAAGAUUGGAUGCUGUUGAUGAGAACUGUUCAUUCAGUUUUACUUCGAACGCCCCCUGAAUUAUAUGUAGAAAUUUUGCUAGUUGAUGAUGCGUCCGAUAAGGAAUGGCUUCAGAAACCUCUCGAAGAUUAUGUCAAAAAAAUUCCAAAGAUGAAGCUUAUUAGAUCUCACAGGCGAUUAGGAAUAACAAAUACUCGCAAUCUUGGAGCAAUCAAUGCCAUCGGUCCAAUCCUCGUAUGCCUUGACUGUCAUGUUGAAGUAGCUCCUGGAUGGCUUGAACCGCUUUUGGAUCGCUUCGUUGAUAACAAAAAACUGCUUGUUGGCCCGAGACUGAAAUCUAUAAAUAGCGAAACAAUGGAAACAACUUUCAAUGACAACCUUCCUUAUGAAAUUGGUGGUGUUCAAUGGGAUUUAGGAUUCAGUUGGAUUCCUUACAACAAAAUCAUAGGAUUCACUUCCAGAGAAUCUUUUGAACCAAUGAAAAGUGCACCAGCCAUGGGACCAACACGUGCUGUUUAUAAGGAUUUCUUUCUAGAGCUUGGAAUGCAUGAUCCCGAUUUUGGCACAUGGGGUGGAGAAGAUGUUGAAUUGAGUUUAAAAGUGUGGCUUUGUGGAGGAAGAGUUGAAAUAGUUCCAUGUUCACAAACCGCACACAUGUAUAAAGCGCAUAAAUAUAAAAAUGCUUCGGAUAAAACUUAUCGAUGGAAUACCAACCGGAUUGCUGAAGUUUUACUCGAUCACUACAAACGUUUCUACUAUCGUGCAACAAAAAAUGCUCCCAAAGAAUUUGGAAACGUAACAGAAAGGAUUGAAAUCAAAAAAAGAAAUCAAUGCAAACCAUUUAAAUGGUUUUUAGAUAAUGUUUAUAACAUUCCCAUGCCAGAUGAUAUUAAAGAUCCAUGAGUUACAUACACAUAAAUUUAUGAAAAAUGAAUUUAUGGGCAAUAAAUGAAAACACAAUUUCAAAUA